AUGAAUGAAUUUUUCCCCACUGAGCAAAUUGCUCUAAUGGAGAUUUCAGAUGAGUAUAGUUUAUCAAAAAGUUCUGAGACUAUGGAAAGUGAGAGUUUAACAAAACAAAAUGGCUUCAAUUUAGAUGAAGUUUGGGGAGAUUCAUCAUAUAUGGAUUCACUCACUUCUGAUUAUCAAUUUGAGCAAAAACUGCAGCAGUUUGUAGAUUUUAUAAGUUUAGACAAUCAGUAUCUCGACAUUGGUUCUGAAAAUUUUCAUUCAUUCAACGAUGAGAUUGUGAAUUUUGUUGACACUGCAUUUCAAGAUUCUGAGCUUAGUGAAUCCGAGAACAAAAGGCCCCGUGUUCUCUCUCCAAAGUCGCUUGAGAUUCUGCAGAAAUAUGGAAGCAGGCUCAGAAGCUUUAAUCGUGAUGAGAAAAAUGUCCGGAGAUAUGGAACAGAAUGCAAUAAGAAAGGCAGCCAAACUCUGUCGACUGAAACUAUAAUCCGGUUGGCAGCAGAAGAAUUCAUCCAGUCUAGUUCUCGAAGUAGCUAUGAACUAUCCGUUCUUAGCCAUCCAUACGCGGGUGCAAUUUUGGGCCAAGUCGAAGAAGAUUUUAAAGAAGUCAAACUCGUCCAGAAUCUUUUAUCUUGCGUGGAAAAAGUAGGAGAUGAGCAGUAUGAACGUGCGAGGAGGCUCCUACUUGAGUGUGCCAAAAUGAGUUCAAGAACAGGGAACGCUGUGGAGAGAUUAGCAUUCUAUUUCAUUGAAGCUCUUUAUGAGAAGAUUGAUCGAGAAACAGGUAAAUUUACAGGCAAAAAGCUUGCAGAUCCUCAAGAGGUGUCAAAGAGCCUGAAAACUACUCAAAUUGCAUUUCACAAUUUGCUACCUCUCUCUCAGAUUACCAAAUUUGCGGGGACUCAAGCUAUAGUCGAACAGGUAGCAGAGUCGAGAAAGAUUCAUAUAAUUGAUCUUCAGAUCAAAAAUGGAAUACACUGCACAAUUUUGAUGCAAGCUCUUGCAAGUCGAGAUAAGCAUCCUGUCGAUUAUCUUAAAUUUACAACCGUGGCAACAAAUUCAAGAUCAAUGAUAGAUGAGACAGGUAGGCAUUUGACGAGUUUUGCUCAAUCCUUGAACUUGAAGUUCACGUUCAAUGUAGUCAUGGUAGACGAUAUUCUUCAUCUUAAUGAAAAGCUCUUUGAUCUUGACAAGGACGAAACUAUUGCAGUCUAUGCUGAAUAUGUUCUAACCAAUUGGAUUCCACGGCCAGAUUGUCUGGACAAUUUAAUGAUAUUGAUCAGAACCCUCAAUCCUUGUGUUAUGAUUGUCAGUGAAGUCGAGGCAAAUUGUAACUCUCCGUUUUUUGUGGAGCGUUUUGUUGACGCUCUCUUUUUCUAUGGUGCAUUUUUUGAUGCCAUGGCAGAUUGUCUGAAGAAUGAUGAAGAAAACAGAAGGGCCGCUGAAUCAACGUGUUUCGGUUCUGCCAUAAGGAACGUUGUGGCUGCUGAAGGAGAUGAAAGGAAGAUUAGACACGUGAGUAUCGACGUCUGGAGGGCAUAUUUUGGACGUUUUGGAUUGAUCGAGGUAGAAUUGAGCAUGUCAUCUCUAUAUCAAGCAAAUCUCGUACUCAAGAAUUUCGUGUGUGGGGAUUCUUGCUCAUUCGAUAUGAAUAAUAAAAGUCUAAUCAUCGGCUGGAAGGGAACGCCACUGAGUUCACUUUCUGCAUGGAAGUUUGAAAAGAGGUGCUAG